AUGGCAAGCCAUGGCGUGCUUCGCACAACGACCCGCGAGGAGCGAACGGCAGAAGCACGACAGAAAGAGUUGCAGGAAAUCGCUCAAUAUCAACAGCUUGUUGAAGAGGUCAACACUAAGGUUGCUGCAAAGGAAUUCACCCCAGUGCUACUCCAACAAACCGCGCAGCUGCUAAAGAGGAACCCAGAGUACUAUACCAUCUGGAAUCAUCGGCGUCGCAUCUAUGUCAGCGAAUUUGAGGAUCUUGCAAAACAGACAGCCUCGGGUCAAAUGGACGAAGAGACUCGAAUCAGCCAGGUACUAGAUAUCAUCCAGCUGGACUUGCAAUUUUUGUUUCCUCUUCUCCUCAAAUUCCCUAAAUGCUACUGGAUCUGGAACCACAGAAUAUGGCUCCUGAAGCAGUCUACGGCUCUUCUUCCAGCUGCAAAGGCUCGAGGAAUAUGGGAAGAUGAGCUCGGAUUGGUGGGCAAGAUGCUCAGUCGGGACAGCCGAAACUUCCACGGCUGGGGCUAUCGACGGAUUGUGGUGCAGAGCCUCGAGAGUCCAGCUUUACAAGGGCAAAGUAUGGCGAGGCAGGAAUUGGAAUAUACCAAAAAGAUGAUAGGCACCAACCUCUCCAACUUCUCAGCCUGGCACAACCGGACAAAGCUCAUCCUGAGAAUCUUGGACGAAGAGAAAGCCACUGAUGACGAAAGACAAAAGAUGCUGGACGAAGAACUCGAAUUGAUCCAUAAGGCUCUAUUCGAUCCCUACGACCAAUCACUCUGGUUCUAUCACCAGAACCUAAUGUGCACCUUUGAUCUUGACCAGGCACCAAAGAGUAUGGCGCCGAACCUGUCUGACGAGCAGCGGCUGGAAUACAUCGCAUCGGAGCGGGAGUACAUUGAGGAAGUUCUGGAAGACGCUCAAGAUUGCAAAUGGCCAUACCAAGCGUUGAUCGAAUGUACAAUGCUGGAAAGCAAAUUGAAAACCGGUCUUGAAGAGGAGGGUUGGGGAAAGGUGGCGCUGUGGUUAGAGAAGCUCAAACAACUUGAUCCCCUUAGGAGAGGGAGGUGGACUGAGAUGGAGCAGCAACUUGGCAAGCAACGAGUAAUGCAGCGUUGA